UCAAACGGAAUAGAAACUGCAAUACAUUAUUUUUCUCUUAAAAGGUGUUAUUUCGUACAAAUUUCUUUUCGAAUUUAAGUUUUAUUUGCAGUUAAGUAUGAUAAUUGAAGAUAUAGAAUUUACUUGUCUUGUAUCACGGGGUUGAUUUUCAGUGAUAUGAAACAAAUGUAAACAAUUGAUUUACUGCCAAUUUAUAGGUGAAUUGUAAAUGUUUAAAAGCUUUUUGCACUUUAUAGAUGUACGACAAGCGUUGUAUCUAUAGGAAAAAAUUAGAAAAAUUAAAUUUGUUUAGAUAGUGUUUGAAUUACUUGAUGACUAGCAGAUUGGUGGGUGAUGAUUUCGCUGUGCACACAGGUUGAUUUGAAAAUAGUCGGUAUUGUUCACUUAUCAGAAUUAAUUUUACGUACUGUUCAAAAUUUGGAAAAACGAUCGUAAAAUAAAACCAAUCAGAAAUGUCACAAAAAUUUGAUGUGGUCGUUUUCGGAUCGUGCAUCGUUGAUUUUAUUAGUUAUGUUCCGCGUCUGCCGAAAGUGGGUGAAACACUUCAUGGCUCACGAUUUGAGACUGGAUUUGGUGGAAAAGGAGCCAAUCAAUGUGUCGCGGCAGCUAGACUUGGCAGCCGUACAGCUAUUGUUGGGAAGUUGGGUAAUGACACAUGGGGUAAAAACUACCGAGUCGCGCUGCGAUCGGAAGGUAUCAACGUCGAUCAUGUGGACAUUGUAGAUGGUGAAAGUACGGGAAUUGCGCAGAUUAAUGUGGCCGCAAAUGGGGACAACCAGAUCGUGAUUGUUGUAGGAGCAAACAAUCGGUUACUAGCUGCGGAUGUGCAGAAGUGUAAGGAUUUGCUAGACGGGGCAAAAGUCCUUGUUUGUCAGUUGGAGACACCAUCGGAGGGAACUAUUGAAGCACUGAAGCAUUUUUCUGGCGUCUCCAUAAUGAACGCGGCUCCGGGAAUGGAGAAUAUCCCAAUCGAGCUCCUAACACUUCCAACCAUUUUUUGCGUGAAUGAAUCCGAAGCAGCUUUGAUUACCAAUAUGCAGGUUGAGACUGUCAUGCAAGCUAAGGAUGCUUUAUUAAAACUUCGAAGUAUGGGUUGUGGAAUUGUGAUUAUCACUUUGGGGGAGAAAGGUGCAAUCUUUCAAACGAAAGACAGUUCUAGGGUCAACCACGUCAAACCCUACAAAGUCGAUAAAGUAGUAGACACGACGGGUGCAGGAGAUGCCUUCAUCGGUGCUUUGGCUCACUUCAUCGCUCGAAAUCCAUCCGCCGAACUGACCGAAUGUAUUUCAGCAGCAAAUCAAGUGGCGGCGUUUUCAGUGCAGAAAACAGGAACCCAAACCAGUUUUCCUCGCCUCAGUGAAACUGGUCUUCCAGAAGAUGCGUCCUUGCAUCAAUGUUUCUGGGAGUACAUCUGAGCUCGAUGAGAAGAAAACAAGUUUCAUACUACUUUCAUUUUAUUAUUAACUGAAUAAAGUUUUAUUUAAUUAUAAUUUUAUGUAAUAGUUUGUUGCAUAUAAUCUUUGUAGCAUGAGCCCAAUAUUUAGACG